AUGGAGGCCCAAGUGUUAGCCGACUGGGAGAGUUGCGACAAAACUGAUACUCUCUUCGUGGUCAUCUGUAGUGUCAUUUGUUGGGGGAUUAUUCCUGCUGUUGGCCUGGGUUAUUCGGGAUACUCAACGCGACACAAUUCCCUGGCAUCCUUCUUUCCCGCAUUACUGGCGGUCAUCUGUGUCUCCCUUCAGUGGUACAUCCUUGGCUACUCGCUGGCUUACGGCGAGGGCAACGGGUUCAUUGGUGAUUUGAAAUAUGCCUUUCACCAAGGUGUUCUUGCGCAGCCGGUGGGCACCAUUCCAGCCAUUUUGUUCAGUGAAUUUCAACUUAUCUUUGCCGCCACCGUUGCUGCAAUUGCGGUUGGAGGCGCCUGCGAACGAGGCAGACUGCUCCCCCUGAUCCCAUUUCUUUUCCUCUGGACUACUUUCGUAUACUGCCCACUUGCACACAUGGUAUGGUCCGAAUCCGGAUUUCUGUACCAAAUGGGAGUCCUCGAUUUUGCCGGUGGCACCCCCGUGCACAUCUGUAGUGGUGCCACUGCGACAGCUAUCUCAGUUUACCUCUCACACCCUCUGUUCCGUUCGCGAAAUUCCAAUAUCCGGACGCCAUCACAUCUGAAACUUCACAAGCCGCACAAUACCAUUUCCCAACUAUUGUCCCUGGUCACUAUCUGGGGUUCCUGGCUCGCCUUUGACGCGGGCACUACGUUGAGUUUCAAUUUCAAAUCGGUCCAUGCUCUUUGUGUUACCAAUCUCUGCGCAGCUGCCGGAGCCUUGACAUGGAAUCUGAUCACGUACUAUGAAAGCAGCAAGUUCUCCCUUGACUCUACGUUCCUCGGGGCGAUCUCGGGGUUAGUUAUGAUAACCCCUGCGGCUGGAUUUAUCAGCGUGACAACAUCCUUUUUCUUCGGCGCUGCUGGAGCAUUGGUCUGUCGUCAAGCACUACGGAUCAAGUUCACUCCUGUUGCCCACCGUCUCAAGUGGGUGGAUAACGGUGAUAGCUUUGCCACACACUGCGUCGGAGGCUUUGUAGGGACUAUCGCUACCGGUCUCUUUGCCAGUCGACAGGUGGCUGCUUUUGAUGGAACGACCGAAAUCAUCGGCGGGGUAUUUAUUGACGGUAACAUUCGCCAGAUCUUUAUCCAAAUUUUUGAAGCUAUCGUCGGCUUUGCUUGGACUUUUGGAGUUUCUUAUCUCAUUUUUGCCGGUCUGGACUGUAUCCCUGGUCUGGAAGUUCUGGCUAUAGAUGACCAGGUUCUCUCUGGAUUAGAUACUGUACAAGUGGAAGAAUCACUCCACAGUGCGCAGUGGAAGGACGAAGAGAACUAUUCAGCUCUAGAAUCCUCGGGUAGUGUUUAUUUGGUAUAG